GGAACCGAAACGGCUUCAACAGUCGUCCAUUUCCUGGCAGAUUUCUUUUCCAGAUUCUGGGCACUUGUGUUCGCUUGGUCAAAGCGUAGCAAUCUCUCGUGUUAAAGAAUCUGCCAACUAGCACUUUUCCUUUCUUUUUUUUUGCCCGGUCCCGAUCUGGCCGGGCAGCGCGUUGGCCAACCGUACCCGGUGUCCACACGUCCCAACAGCGAGGGCCCGCAUUCACUCCGAUUGGCUCUGAUUGGCUUGCACUAUACCCGCACAGCGAAGUUAACAUGGGUUAGCAGGCGACGGAACCUGAACACAGUGACCGUGAUGCCCCUAGUGUGAUCCAAGCGACUAAGACCGCUAGAUCCCUGACACUCAUGUUUAGGUGGCAAGGGUCACGUGAUCCAGCGCGGGCGCCAGACUAGCAACUUUCCGAGCGCUAGCCUGUCACUGCCACGAAAUGACCACUGCCACGAAAUGACCACGUGAAUUCACCGUUGGGCAUGCCGUCUUCCGCGAGGUGACGUGUGCCCAGAUUUCGGCGCAUGAUAACCAACCCUCGGAUGGGCAAAAUUAAUCCAUAGGACUACUACUGUGGCGUCUCUCAUGAUCAUAUAGUCGUAUCGCAACCUUAAAACCACGAAGUACCAUUAUCGGAACAAACGUGGUGGUGGCAAUGAUGGAGCUGCUUGCCAUAGUCGGCCAUGCUCAGGCGGGCAACGUGACGACUAUCGCAGGGGGUUCUUGCGUCCUGGGCCGACUUCAAGGGAACUGUGCCGGCACUUAUCUUAAAGCUGUCUGAGGAAAACCCAGGGGAAACACCCAGACAGCAGACUCUUGCGGUGGGAUAGGAAGAAACAAGAAGGUCACCAGCUACCAGCAUCGGCUUCCAUCGAUUUUCGCCUAUCAUGGCGUACUUCUCUCUCUCUCUCUCCUUCUACUAUGGGAUCAACGCCACACUAUGUCUCUCGGUACUUCUGAUCCAUGUCACUGCGAAAGAAACGGACGCAAGCCACACAAAAGCACUGGCAGAAGCUGAUCAGGUGGAACGCGACCUGCUUGCGCUAGCAACUGGGCAUGGUGGCCAUGGCGGACAUGGUGGAUAUGGUAGCGGCCAAAGUGGACACGGAGAAUACGGUGGACACCACUCAAGUGGGGACUACGGAGGACAUUACAAACAUGGCGGUGACGACCACGACCACCACAGCAGCAAGCAUGGCAAGAGCGGCCACAGUUCUGGAGGCCACGGGUACAAUAACUACGGCGGAAAUCACCAGGGCAAACAUGGCCAUGGAGGUCAUGGUGGAAAGCACUUCGGCAGCGAACACCAUGGGGGACACGGUAAACACGGUGGAAAGUCUGGCAACGACCACAACAAGAGCAAGGGUCACAAAAACUAUGGCCAUAAAAAUGUGUACCACAAAGAAGACUCUGAACACCACAGCCGGUACUACGAUGACUCCCAUGACGGCGACCACAAGAAGAAAUACAACAAGCACCACGAACAGUACGACCACGACGCCGGAAAGUCGAAUCACGGACAUCACCAUAAGCAGCACCACGGCCAGCAUAAACACGGUGAUGACUACCACAAGCACGACUCCGGCGGAUGGAAGCACCACCACGACCAACACGGUGGCAAAGGGGGACACCACUAUCACGGUGGUGGAGGACAUAAACACGGUGGAGGAGGCCACAAGCACGGGUCGCACCAUCACAGCUCAGGACAAAGCCAUCACAGUGGAGGCAAAGGCGGCGGUGGACACGGAGGAGGCCAUGGAGGUGGUGGACACGGAGGAGGCCAUGGCGGCGGUGGGCAUGGAGGAGGUUACGGCGGCGGUGGACACGGAGGAGGCCAUGGCGGCGGUGGGCAUGGAGGAGGCUACGGCGGAGGUGGCCACGGCGGGGGAUACGCCAGCAACAACGUGCCAGUGCUUGUGCAUACGCCUAUACUACAACAGCCCUCCCCACAUUAGAAAGAGGAACAUUAUAGUUAACUGGUUGUAGUGAUCUCUGCAUGUCGUCAUGUCGCUUAAAUAUGUGUGCUUUGCUAACUCAAGUUCGUGUCGCUUGAAUGUUUCGAAUGUGGUCAUGCCAUCGUGCGAUAGUUGGAUUUAUGUGAAUGCCCUUUUUGACUUCACCAAGCUAAUAAAAAGUCAGAAAGCCUA